CGAUUUGCUCUACGCGGAAACAGAAUUAUUUAAUAGUUCAAAUGUGUGUGACAACAGACAUGAGAUAAUCAAACAAUGCUAAUUUCAGGAAUAAAACAAAGGAAUACGUAAGUGUGAAUAGCAGUAUUCGGUGAAACCAACUCGUACUACUAUAUGUUUUCAAUUUUCAAAUUCUUUGAAAAAACGAUACCUAAAGAUGGAAGAACAUGAAAUUUUGAACAAUGAAUAUUUCAAAGUUAAUCGAUUUUUACUAAAAUUGACUGGACUCUGGCCCUAUCAGAAAAGGCAUGUCAAAUUAAUCAUACGAAUUUUGUAUAUUUGUGCUAUUCAUUCGAUGAUGAUACCACAGGUUAUCAGAACAGUUGAAGAGUGGGGAAAGGAUUUUGAAAUUGUGUUAGAAAAUAUUGUGGGUUUUAUUUACUUGCAAUGUGUUUUAGCAAAAUAUAUUAUAACUUUCACGGCUGAACCUCAGCUCGUAUUCCUUUACAAAAAGAUGGCGUUUGAUUGGACAAGAUACAUUGAAGCAGAAGAGCAGCUGAGUCUGCAAAGAGCCGCAAGUAAUGGUCAACUUAUGACGAUUAUAUAUAGCGUCUACGUAAAUUUCGCUGGUGUUGGAUUUGCGACCUUACCUGGCACGCUACCAACUAUCUUGAACAUCAUUGCACCUUUGAACGAAUCUCGACCUACAAAGGUACUUUGCUUCUACGCAGAAUAUUUUAUCGAUCAAGAAGAGUACUACUAUCAAUUGCUAUUUCAAACCUUCAUCGGUGUUAUGAGUACAGUUUUUAUUAAUGCCACUGUUGAUACACUUUACGUAAUCUGUGCCCAUCACUCGGAUGGACUUUUCAAUAUCGUCUCUGUACUCUGGCUUUAUAGAUAUCGUUUUCAGAAGGCCUUUAAUAAAUCGCAAGAGCGUUAUCAGGUUAAAUCUAGAAAUCUGGUUGCGGCCAAAAAUCUAGAUGAGGAAAUUCACGAAUAUGUGUUGACGGCCAUAAACAUACACAAUGAAUCUAUAGAGUUUAUUAACCUGAUACAAUCGACGUAUACGUUGUAUUUCUUUAUCCAAAUGAGUUUGACCAUAAUUAGUUUGAGUCUUGCAACUGUCGUUGCAAUGAUGAACCUUCAUGAUAUUAUCAAUUUAAUCAGGAUAUUUUUCAUAUGGUGUGGUAUAAUCUUGAAUCUUGCUUACAUCAGUAUUGCAGGACAGCAAAUCAUCGAUACUAGUUUACAGAUAUUUGACUCUGCUUACUUCUGUGGUUGGUACAAUCACCCUCUAAAAACUCAGAGAUUACUUAAAUUUAUUAUGCUUCGCUGUAGCAGACAAUGUCAAAUAACCGCUGGUCCUAUGCUAGUUAUAAACUUGGAAAGUUGCAGUAAUAUCUUGAAAUCAUCCCUUUCUUACUGCACCUUUAUGAUUGCUGUAAGUUAAAAAAUUGAUGUCAUAAGAAUGGAAACAGCAAUUUAAAUCACGAUUACUAGGCUACUAAAAUUUUGGAUAUACUUUGCGGCGUACGCAAUUUGUAAAUAAUAAUGAUAACUUCAUCAAACGAAGAAUACUAGGUAGAAAAGUGUUAUUUGUCGUUAUAGAUGACUUUUUAGAUAAUUAAUAUAAAUAAAAUAUACGAUUGUUAGAAGUAUGUGGAAAUAAAUGAUGAAUAAUUCUUAUCUAUGAUAAAAGCAUGCAAAAAAUCACAAAAUUGCCUAUUUUUUAUAGUGGAUUUUGGAUUUUUAAGGAAAAAAAAACGUUUACGGAUCAUAAUCGCACUCUACUCCCAUCCUUUCUCCAUGAAGAACAAUCUUCCACAUAAUCCACCUGUACCGCGCAUUCAGAUCUCCUCACGCGCAACAGGUUGGCUCGAAAAUUUCCCAAGGGGCCCAGCCUCUCUUGCUCUCAUUAAUCCUUGCCCUCUCUUCUCUUCCCCUCUAUUUUCUUCCAGGGUAUACAGAGAAAGACACCAAAGGCGGUCCAUUCAUCCCGGCGCGGAAUGUUGCGCGUGCGCGAGUCCGAGAGGGAGAGGACAGGUUUUCGCGCACCAGCUACAGCCACUCCCUGAAACGAGAUGGAAUACAAGUGAACUGCGGGUGCGAAUGGAUAUAAGUACAUGGUGCAGGAUUUGCGCGCAAGCGCAGAUUGUCUAAGGUUUCCUACAUCAUGCAGAAUGAAAAUGGAGAGGACUAAGACGGCGGUGGUUGUCAUUUUGUUAUGCUGUGAAACUUGCGGUAUCAGGGUGAGAAAUCGUACUGUGACCUUAGACAACAUAGACUGUGUUUUUUUAUCUUUUAUUAGUUUAUUAUACUUUCUUACAAUAUAAAGCUUGUGUUUUUGUUUUAAAUUAUUCACGUAUUUUUGUU